AUGGCUGUUUUCCCGUUUGCAGAGAAGGUGGCUGCUGCCAGCAGCGAACGUGGUUGUUCAGCGUUUGGGCAUUCUUGUUACGGUGGCCACGGCAAGAGGUUCGAUCCACAUUUGCGGGAUAAUGUGCUUCAAGGGAACGAACCGUCUACCGACGACAGAAGCGAAAAAACAGAAACUCUGAGUUUGAGCAACGACUUCGUUCGCCCGGAGCAGAAAUUCGGAGGACAACCGGAGAUACUUUUUCCUCAGAUGCGUCGUCAGGAUUCCUCGAGAUUCGAUCCUUACACGUUGUCCUUCAUCGUACGACAAUGGUUGACGUUGCAUCAUCGCCUUCAUCAACCGGACGCGGAGCUAAAUAACAAAUAAACGGAUAGGCAUUUCUA